AAGCUAGAACGUUAAGCCUACCGUUAGAAUCCAGCUCACCCAACUCUUUAAAAGGCAAAAUCUAGACUUCCUUCCUCCAUAUCCUCUGUGCAUUCCGUCACCCACCCCAAACUCCAUAGAAGCAAAGAACAAAAAAAAGGGAAGCAAGAGAUGGGUAUGGUAGUGGUUAUAUCACUUCCAUUUAUAAUAUUCACAAUAUUUGUUGGAUUUGGGUGUUAUUUUCUUGGAAGAGCUAAAGGUAGACAAGAUCUCAGAACCAAUCCCCAAAUUUUUGGGGUACCCACUCCACCUCCCGCUGCUGCUCCUUUGCCUUCAACUCAUUUCAAGCAUGACAACACUUCCAAUGUGUAAAGCUUCGAGGCAUACUCGCUUUAAUUUUGUUUUGUGGGGUUCAUUUUACUUGUGCAGAGAUUUAAAUGAUACGUACUUCUUACCGCGUUGUUAUGAAGUUGUACUGCGAAUUACUGAGGGAUUAUGAUUUAUCAUAUUAGUAAAGAAAUUGUAACAAGUGGAUGUGAAGUUUGCCUUCAUAUCUACAUUAGAAUUUAAAUUCUAUUACGUUUUCAAUAACUUUGAUUUCCUCAACUAUCAUUUCAACACUUUUAGAGCACAUUUGAUGAAGGCAAGCAUGAAGUUGUAGUCUUAAAAGACUUUUUAGGACCAGCAAAUCUGAUUGCAAAAUAUCUGUAGGCAC